GCGUACAGUUGUGCGCCGUGUGCUAUGCGAAUACGUUGUCGGUUCGGCGCGGGCGCCGCUCAAAGCCAGUUCUACUGCAACCUCCGGCGGUUCGCCUGUAUGACACUUUAACCGUACAAUCCAGUGUUUAUAUUGUGCAUGUUGACUUAAAUAACCGAUUCACAAUGGAUAAACAGGAGCCCAUCACAGAAAACGGGGCCAAGCUGCAACAAAAACCUCCUCCUCAGACCGAUUUAAUUCAACGAAUAACAGGCUCAUUCGGAAGAUAUCAACUGUUGCUAUGUCUCCUCAUAUUCUUGACAAAGUUCCCUGUCGCCUUCCACCAAAUGGCGAUUUUGUUUCUUGCUCCGAAACUCAGCUAUACAUGCCCUAACACCGGAGAGGAAACGUGUCCUUGCCCCAAUCCAGAAUAUGACACAUCAAUUUUCAGCCGGAGCAUAAUAAUGGAGUGGGAUUUGAUAUGUGAAAGGAAAUGGUUGACUAGUUUUACACAGACGCUGUUUCAAUUGGGCACGCUGUUGGGCAGUGUAUUGUUCGGAAUGGCAUCCGACAGGUUCGGGAGAAAGUAUCCUUUGCUGGUAGCAGUCGUGAUACAAGUGACCAUGGGAAUAACAGCAGCUUUUGUCCCCGGCUACUGGGAAUUCACAUUCCUUCGAUUCUUAGUGGGCAUGUCUGUCGGAGGCACAAUGGUCACUGGAUUCGUCAUAGUCAUGGAAUUCGUGGGCACCCAGUACCGUGACGUUAUAUCGGCUUUGUAUCAAGUACCCUUCAAUAUGGGUCACAUGCUGUUACCGGUAUUCGGGUAUUUCUGCAGGGAUUACUCGAACUUUCAACUGGCCAUCUCGAUACCAGCAGUAGUACUAUUGUCAUACUUUUUCCUAUUACCUGAAACUCCACGCUGGUUGAUAGCGGUUAAAAGAACGGACGAAGCCGUCAGGAUUUUGGAAUCUGUAGCAAAAGUAAAUAAGCGCCCAACGGAAGCCAUACGAACUGACAUUGAAAAUUACCAAGCUGCACUCCAAAACACGCAACUCAAAAAGGGGAAUAUUGUAGACCUCUUUCGAACUCCGAACAUCCGAAAAAACAUCUUAGCCAUGGCGUUUAAUUGGCUGACGUGCAGCUAUUGCUUCUACGGUGUGUCCCAGUACGUGGGGCAGCUCAGUGGAAAUGCUUUCAUCAACGUCGCAGCCAGUGCCAGUGUAACUCUCCUCGGUUCACUCUGUUCUAUACCCCUUAUGAAAGUUAUGGGAAGAAAAACCAUAGUGAUUAUCUUUAAUUUUAUUUGCGCGUUUUGCCUGCUCGUUCUGGCCGUGCUACCAGAAGGGCCGGGUACGGUAGUCUGCGCAAGUGUAGGAGUAGUUUCUAGCUUUAUAGUUUUCGUUGUUGUGUAUUUGUACUGCACGGAACUGUUUCCGACGGUCGUGCGGAAUGCUGCGCUGGGUUUUUCUUCCAUGAUGGCGCGCGUGGGAUCUAUGAUCGCUCCAUUCGUGAUCGCGUCGAGCAGCAUGGGCGCGUGGGUGCCGCCCGUGUUAUUUGCCGUCUUGCCCCUCGUAGCGGGCUUUGUCGCUUUCUUACUUCCUGAAACCAAAGGCUGUGAAUUAAUGGUGACUAUAGAAGAAGGCGAACAAUUUGGAAAGAAAACGGAUUGUAAAAAGUAGAAUUUUUUCUCAUUAGAUAAGUUCUAAGUUCAUCAUAUAUAAAUCAUAUAUUAUGUUAGUUGUUAAUAUUAUAUAACUACAGUAAAAUGAUUUUUGCGGAAGAAGA